ACGUCACAAGGAAACCACCCCUCUCCUUGCGGUGCCGGUGCCAAGCGGCGGGUAACUCGGGCCCUUGGUCUGUUGGCUGUGUUAUGUCAGAAACGGAGAGUAAGAAGGGCGAGGAACCUGAGGUUAUAUACAUGCAGCGGGGAAAGCGCAUUAAAGAGGAAACGGCCAUCAACGGGGGCGAACUUGGUAAAAGUUCACCGAGGAGCGGACAGACAGAGCAGGAAAGGACGGUGAUGAGAAUCAAGGAAGAGGCCGCAGGGGACAUAGAUUUGCUCUAUCCUGAUCCCUCCAAUCCUCUACCUGGAGGUGUUUUUCUAUCCCCUACUUCACGGAGCUGGAGUUCCCCAGAGAGCAGUGGAGAGAGUCGUAGCCAUGUUGGCAUUGAAGAACGUGCUUCACGGCCUGGGAGUAGCCGAAUUCCUGGCAAAGACCACCGCCGUUACUACCACAGCCACUGGAGAAUGGAGUAUCUGAUGGAUUUUAAUGCCCGAUGUCAUAGUAUGAUCUGCAUGGUGUGUGGUAGCUCUUUGGCAACUUUGAAACUAAGUACCAUUAAGCGCCAUAUUCGUCAGAAGCAUCCAUACUCUCUCCAGUGGACACCAUGCGAGAAGGAGGUGAUCAUUGGCAGUUGGGAUGCUCACCUCUUUGUGGAUGCCCAAUCAAUAGCUGGGGCUUCUGGCGAGGAUUCAGUGGCAGAUGACUCCUUUUCCACACCAAGUUCUAAGAAAAAGCGUCGCCGCCUACCUCCUGUUACCAAAGGUGCAUGGCGUCCUUUUCUGGGACCUGAGCCUCCACAACCGUUACCUUUAGACACCUGUGUUUUAGAGCAGUACAUGAACGAAUCCCUUCAGCAGUGGUUAAGAUUGGAGUUUUUGAUGGAUUAUGAUUAUCAAACAAAUCAGCUCCAUUGCAUGACAUGUGCUACCCUCCUGCCUAGUCCUAACCUUACAGAUAUGAAGAGCCACAUAUUAGAAACACACCCAACGUCUAUACAGUUCAGUUCUAGCCAGAAAAGCUCUAUUAUAGAAGCAUGGAUAAAUCGUGGGAAAAUCACGGAAGAAGAAAUAGAGGAGGAAGAUGACGACGAUGAUGAUGAGGAAGAUGAAGAUCUCAUAAGGGUAGGGUUAGAAAAGUCAAGUCCAAAACACCAGAAUUCUGAUGGCUUUAAGACUGGAUUGGUUAAGGAUGUCAAUGAAGGAAGUCUAAACUUGAUAGAUGUUUUGAAAGAGGCUGCACAGUUGAAGGCAGGUGAAGUCCAAAUACUUGAUGAGGUGGAAAAAACAAAAAAUGUUCAAAAGCUGUAUGAUGAAAAGAAAAAAAUAUCAGAAGCUCAGGGGUUAGAUGAGGAUAAACAAAAAGUUAUUAUAUCUCAAAAGUUAGUAGAAGGAAAUCUAAAAUUAAUAGAAGCUCAUAGGUUGGAGGAAAAGAGAUUGAAGCAAAUAGAGGUCAAGAUGCUUGAUGGGGAGAAACUGAAAACCAUAGAAGCUCAAAGAUUAGCGGAAGAGAAACUUAAGAUGAGAAAGGCUCAGAAAUUGGAAGAGGAGAGAUUGAAACUCUUUAAAAAGGCAGAGGAGAAGAAGAAAAUGGAAGAUCUAAAGAAGCUAAAUGAAACAAGGCAGAAAGCAGAACAGGUCCAGAGACUAGAGGAGACACAGAAGAAAAAUCAGAGCCUUAUAGUAGAGACGGAAGAAAAGAUGCAAAGUGAGCCGGAGAAGAAACAGAAGAUACUAGAGGCAGAGAAAUUUCCAACACUGCAGGUCCAACAGAUAGAUGCCAAGGGACGGGCCAUGAUGAACAUCGGGUUGCCCGUGAUAAAAGUGGAAGCUCCACAGCCAAUCCUUAUAACUCAGCUCUCAGUUAUCCCAGAGACUUCUAUUCAACCCCUGCCAACUCCGUCAGCCUCUAUAUCAUCCUCCUCUUUAUGUGAGUCACCUAAAUCUUGGCGAGUAAUUGCACCUAGGAAUUCUAUUUCAACAGACUCCAAGACCAUUAAUCAAGCCAACCUUUCACCCAAUGCUGUCUGCUGGCCUUCUGGUGUUGACCCCGUAUUAUGGGAAGUGAGUUUGUGGCGGGGGAACAAUGUGCCCUUGACCCAUAGCAACAUCUACCAGAUGCACUGGCGCACAGAUUACCUAAUGGACUAUAAUGGUUUAAGAGGUUGUUUGGUCUGUAUGUUCUGUUGCUCCGCAAUGACUGUAUUGAAGGUGAGUAGUAUUAAAAGGCACAUACUGCAGAAGCACCCACAUACGGCACAACUUACCUCAGAGGAGAAGGAAGCUGUCAUUCGUGAAUGGGAGAAGAAAGUGGCUGAGACCAUGAAGAUGGUGGCAGAUCAAGUCAGUGAAGGGGGAGCCAUAACAGCAGCCCCAUCUGCAAGUGAACCAGUUGAAGUCUCAUUUGUAGAGGAAAUUAACCAGAAGGAAGAACCACAAGAACAGCAAGAGGAAUCUAAUAGUUGGAAAAGUGUGGCUCCAGAAUGCAAGGGUGCCUCAUGGGAGUAUACUUUUGGGAGGUUGGAUAGGCAAGGGAAGGACCGGACCCAGCAUGAUCGCUGGAAUCUAGAGUAUCUUAUGGACUUCACUCCAAAGAAAGAUGGCCUCAUCUGCAUGAUAUGUGGGACAACUCUGCUAAACCCCAAGAUAACCACUGUAAAGAUGCACAUCCAGCAGAAACAUCCUGACACCACCUAUCUGAGUGAUCAGGAAAAGGCUGUGGUCAUAGAGGAAUGGGAGCAAAAAACGGCAGCAAUUCAGGCAAGAGCUAUCCAGCAGGAUGCCGAGGAGACUGAAAUCUGCAUAGAGAUAAAUGGUGAGUGA